AUGAAAAGUGUUUCCGGGCACAUGAGCGGCAAGAACGACGUCGUUGUCGCUGCUGCUGCUAUUACAGUUGCAACGGCACUGUUGGGCCUCCUCCUGGUCAAACACGCGCCUACAGACCAAUCUUCGACAACGGGUCCUCGGAAGCUGCCGCCCAUGCCGACAACCACACUACCCCUUCUCAAGAACAUCCUCGAUGCCGGUGGGAACGCUGAACGCUUUCACGACUGGCUGAGUGAGCAGUCGAUUGCGUUCCACAACCGGCCGUGGAUGUUUGCCGUCCCAGGACGUCCAGCUUCGAUUGUGCUGUCGUCGCCCGAGUUGUUCAGAGACGUGCUCGUGACGCAGGACAAAGUGUUCCUGCGGGGACCCGUUGGGCAGGCCAUUAGCUACGAUAUCUUUGGCAACGGUAUGGUCGUGGCCGACGGCGAUUCCUGGUACUUUCACCGGAAAACCGCGAGUCGGUUGUUCUCCAUGCAGAUGAUGAAGGGCGGCCUGGAAGCGACAACGCGGGCGCACCUCGGCGUGUUUCUCGACGUCUUGGACGUGUACGUACAACGUGGCCAGGCGUUUAGCAUGAAGAAAGAGCUGAGCCACUUUGCAAUGGACGUGAUCGCCAAGAUUGGCUUUGGCCUGGAGCUUGACACGCUCAAGAACAGUGUCGAUCGUGAAGACGAUCACGAGUUCCUCCUCGCGUUCAACGAAGCAUCGGUGGCCUUUGGGGAGAAGCUCCUCAUGGACAACACGCGGAUCAUGCACGACUUCAUUGACAACGUCAUCGUCGAGUCGAUGACCAAGAAGGCCCAGCUCGCUGCUGAAGGCAAGCCAGAGGUUGCGCGGGACGUGGUCGCCUUGUUUCUGGAAAAGCGACUCGCGCAGACCGAAGACCGAUAUCUCACCGCCGCUACCUCUUGGUGA